UCCUAGGUCGUUAGAGUGGGUUUGUCCUAGUUGUGGUGUUGCUAACAGGACAGCUUUACCUGAAGGAAGUGAAGAGGAGGCACGAGAUACUAAAAUUACUAAAGAAAUGGAAGACAUUGUAUCACAAAUGGCAAUCAAAUCUCAAGAAGAAGUUGAUGCUCAAUUUAAGCAGCAAGUCCAGCGACAAAGUGAAACCUCACGUGUUCCCCAGCCUCGCCCUCCAUCAACCGACCAAUCAAAUCAAAGGAAUAUUGAUAUCAAAGAGUCACAUGAUGAGUAUAAAGAUAAAGGAGAGACUGAGAUUAAUAAAGAAUCAUCAACUAGUGGAAUUAGAUAUCGUGGACAAGAAGAAACUGAUCAGCCUCUCUCUCCCCCUCCCUCCCUCUCUCCCCCUCCUCCUCUUCCUCCAUCAGUGUCAAGGGUUGAUGGUAGUGUAAAGAGAGAAGCACAAAGAGGAUCAUCAAAUUAUAUGAUUUUAUUUCUUAUUAUUGUUAUUGUGUUAGUAAUAGUAUUGCUGAUUGCAAGGAGACUGAGUGGCAGUAAUGGUAAUAAAGCUGAUCAUCAGUAGUUAAUGCAAAUUACACAUUUUAUAUUGUGUCAUUUAUAUAAUAA